CGGCCACAGUGGUAUUCAUGGUUGUGAAACUGCGCCAGGACCGAGGCGCUCACAGAACCAACUAGAUGCAAUUAAUAACAGAAGAGCUUUUUUGAAAUAAGUUUAUUUUAUGGAUUUACAAUCAUUAUCUGUCGGCUCGGCUCCGAGUCGUGAGGAGAUCAUACAAGUGAUGGAUGCUUUUGUUUACUUUGCGGGACUUUAUUCGUUUUAAAAUCAACGUCGAGACCGUUCGAGGAUGAAACGAAUCGAGGGCAUGUCGUGCCCGCACCGUGCAUUCCAGAAAUGCGUUUUUCUCCAAAAUAGCUCCGCUUCACCUUUAAGUUCUUCGGAGUGCUGCCUCCGCGGCACGCUCGAGUGGGAUGCGGGGACCAAGUAAACAUUUCAAAUGUUAUGCCUCUUGUCCGCAGCCGUCGGAGCAGCGAGAGAAGCGGGGAUGAUCGGUCGUCGUCUCUGGGCACUCCGGCGUCGGUGCUGUCCACGUUCCGUGCUGCUUAUUGCAGUUGCGAUAUGCCUCUUCUACCAGACGUUGGUGGUCGCCCGGAGCCGUUUUAAAGCCACCGAUUCUAACCAGCCGAACAAGUCAGCGGAGGCGGACGAACGUUUUGUGCAAUUACUUUACAAAUAUCCACGGCGCCUUAUUUCUGUGAUCGAAAGUUUACAAAACGAAACGGCGAAUGUGGCCAGGUCCCGGCAGACCCGGGCGGGCCUCGCCGGAAGGGCGCUGGUGCUGACGGGUCAGCACGUCGCCACGGCUACGGAGGUCCAGCUGUACCAGCGUGUUCUGGAGGAGCAUGGCUACUCGGUCAGAGUGUCCCAAUUUUCCACUCUCCGACAGGACAGCAGCCAGCCAGGUGACAGUGAUUGGGCAGUGCUGAUUUGUCUGCGAGGCUCUGAGAAAAGCUGCCGCAGAAGAAUGAAGGCACACCCCUUACAGCCCCAUCAGAGGGUUAACACAAUACCCGCAAUGACACGCGCGUUCUCCGACGCGGACGGGCUCUGCAGGUUUCAGAGCGAUGGCAGAUUAGCAGGACUUGCAUUACCCAUAAUUCCCUCUGCCUGUGUCCAGCCAGGAGCAGCCCACAAUCCAGCCAAAGACCAACAGCCCCGACUGGACGCCCCCAACCGUCCUGCGGCGGGCCACGGGUUCACGGCCACGGUGAAGACGUACGUCCUCGUCACCUCGGUGACACCCCUCACGGCCUUCAUCCACCCCACCGGGCUGGUCAAGACCGACUCCGCCCACGACAGCUAUGUCACCAAGCUCCAGUCUUUCUUCCGGAAGCUCCUGUCAGCCGACGCGUCCCCCCAGGCCCUGCGCAACAUGAAGGAGGUCGUGGGCGGGGUCUUACUGGCCGCGGCGAUGACUGCUGGAGCGUCCGAAUCCGAAAGCAGGUGCGGACUCUGUUUCCAGUUGUUGACCCUGACUCUGCAGUUUAACUCCUCUCUCCGUCCUGAGAUUGUCCAGGUGCAAGAUGAAUUACACUUUGAGGACCUGGAGGACCCAGGGUUUGAGGGCCAAAUCGCGAAGGAGCUCAUCCUGGAAGAUGCUCUAAACUUCCUGCUGCCAGCUCGCUCUGACAAUCACAACACGCCGAGCACUUCCUCCGAGCUGGGCGCUGUGAUCACGCAGUACAGUGGCUGCGUGCGGACAAACAGUGCCUGUCUUCUUCCAAAUGAAGUGCUUCUGCUCCUCCAGUUUCUAUGGCAGCUGAAAAAACCAGGACCAUUUGAACUGCUCUACCCAGAAUCCUCUCCGGCCCUCUCUCAUCUACAGCGCUGCCUAGACCAGAGGUUCCACGGGGCAGAGGGAUCUGGGAAAGGAGUCCUGCUGGCGACGCUUUUGGACUGGGUCCGCAACCAGACAGACGUUUGGGGCGCGCCUGCUGGAACCACUCCGCCGGCGUGUGGCUGCCACAUCUGUCGGCAGGCACCGUUAAAGCGGGGGGCCCCCCUGGAACGUUAUUUUUCCCGCCUUAGGAUUGGUGACCCAGAGGGACAGGGAGGGAGGAGCUCCCCUGAGGUUUCCCAGAAUUCCCUGACAGAGAAAGAGAGGUGCUCAGAUCCCCACCUCAGGCAGGUGUACACAGACCCUCCGCUGGUGCUGACCCCGCCCUUCAGCCCCUGGGUCAAAGAGUACCGGGCCGAGGUUCCGUUCGACGUUGUGACGGUCAGAAUCCGGGCGGAGCCUGUCGGCCGACACUGCCAGGUGCAUCUGGACGAGCGCAGGGGACCCAGAACCGCGAACUACCCCGUCGGCCUCGGCAACAGCAGAAUCAGCGUCCUGGUGAUGGACGAGUCGGAGCCGGAGCCCGUCGUCAUGACAAUCUACACCCUCAACAUCUUCCGGGAGAGCCGGCCCAGCCUGCCCAUGUUCGACGAGUACGUCAUGUGCGGGUUCGUGCAGGAUUGCGGCCUGGUGGUCCAACCCGAUCAACCCUGCGGCUUGGAGCCCCUCCCGGGGUCACCCAUUUCAGGAAAGACCCAGGCCUCUCUUGGGCCUUGCUCCUCGGGAGAUGCCCCAGGUCGGUGGGUGGUGCCAUGCCUUAGUUGCUCUGACAAUAGAACCUGCGACUGGAGGGAGGUGAGCUGGCGUCCGGACGGCUGCUACCACCCGCUGCUGGCCCGGCCCCAGCUGCAGAACUGCAUGAUGGGCAGGAAGGUCCUGUUCAUCGGCGACUCCACCAACCGCGGGAUGAUGUACUACCUCAUGGAGCGCGUGAACGCCACGCUGGAUGACUGGGACAAGGCCCACGACACAGUCGUCUACCAUGUCAACGAGGGCAGGACCCUGAUCAGCUACUCCUACUACCCCCAGUUCUGGCUGGAGAAGGCCCGGAGACCCACCUUCGAGCAGGCCCUGGAGCAGCUCAUCAAGAGGUCCCGCCCUCUGGAGAACUCCCCCCAGACGGUGUUGGUUACCGGGGGCGUCCAGUGGCUGAACACCAACCACCUGAACAUUCUGCAUGAAGUCCUAAAGAGGGAAAAUCUUCUCAACAUCCUGGUGGUGAUAAAAUCUCUCGGGAUGGGAUUCCACCUACCUGUGGACGGGAUUCGCUCACUGUCCCUUCGCGGGGUGCAGGAUCUUUACAAUGUGAAUGAGGACAUUCUCACAACUGCAAAGCUUUAUGGGUUUGAGGUCAUCGACACCUUCCGCAUCACAAUGGGGCGCUAUAAGGAAUUCCUUCAGGGAAAGUGUGCCUGUCAUUUCCAUGAGGUUGAGAAGCUGACGUUCUCGGAAGAGCCGCUGCACAGAAAGAUGAAGCUCUUCCGACACUCUGAGGAGAGCAGGGCCCGGGCCGGCGAGCCGCCGACCCUGCAGGACCCGUGGUCCGCCUCGAACUCGCCCUAUCAUGUCAAAGGCACGAUAAACCAGGUCUACUCCGAGGUUCUCCUCAGCAGGCUGUGCUGGAGGAGCAGGAAAAACGCGACCGCGCGGUCUCUCUGAGAUACAGCGUGUAUGAGACUGCUCUCUGCAGAAUAUGACGCUAAUCCACCCCUGAUCUGUGGAUGCUUAUGGUGUGACAUGUCUCCACACUCUCAGCUGGGGAUUUUGAGCCGGUUGGAGUUGGAGUGAAAAGCAGUUUAGCUGAGACGUACUCGUGAACGCAUACUUGGAUAUUAACCAACAGGAGGAGUCUUUACAAACUAAACAAAAAGACAUGAUAUUCUGCUGAGCAGAAUAUCUUGGUUGACUCUUAGCUAGCUAUUAUCAAUGAACCCAGAAACUACAGAUGAUAAUUAGCCUCUGACCUUACUGGUACAAUACACUGGAUGUCUUCACAUCCAUGUUGAAAACUGUAUGCUGUCCCUGUGAAAUAACUAAAUGCACUACCCAUAUAAAAAGUAAUUAUUACGAUAUUACAUUAGGUCACAAAUGACAAAAACGUUAAUGUAAAAAUAUUUUGGGGUAACUAAAUUAUAUCUUUUCUCAUCAACAUGAUACACAGACCAAAGAUUCAAAAUGCCCAUCAGGUUUAACAAGCAAAUUUGAGUUCCAUUAAAUUGAUAAAUCUCAGUUCAAUUCAGCACUUAUUGCAAUGUACUUCAAUAUUUUUAACUUGCUACUGAAGCACACUUCCAGUCCCCUGUAGCAUUUUUGUCAUCACAGAGUACAGAUUCUCACAUUUUAUGAAUUUUAUUCAUUUUUGACCAGUGAAAUGGCAUUCUAUUUAUUUCAUACAACAGAUACAAUAAUUGCAAUAAUAUUGCUUCUAUUGAGUUGUCAGAAAUGUGACUGAAGCCAUGUAUUUUCAGAAUCUGUGUUAUCUGUGAUGCUAAAAAUUCUGCACCACCAUGGAUGUAAAAGAAUUUCCACUGCUGGUUUUAUUUUGCGCUGGGAGGUCAAAGAGAACCUCUCUUCCAGUGAAUUGUACCAGUUUGCAAAUUUAGGCUGACGGAAGAGUAAUGAGAGUUGUAGAGCUGGUGAAGCUCCCUUCACUCACAUUCUGAUGGACUGGGACCGCAACCAAGAUGGUGACGGGUUUGAUUCUAGGCUUCUAGAACAAGGGUAAUGCAAAACGAAGUGAGGGAACAUGCAAUAAUAGGUUAGGAUAUGGCCCAGUGUUAAGCAUCUGGAGAAAUACAAUGGUGUGGCUUAAUGAAAUGGAGCCAAGGUCCAGCAAUUGGACCCGUUCUACUUUCCUGGCCCGCAAUUGGCCAAGACUCUAUUAGACCAUGUCAUGUGACCUGUGCCUCGACACCAUAAGGUCAGGGAGAAGGGAGCGCGAACGAGGCAAGAACGACUGCAGCAGAUGUAACCAAUGAGAGCUGAUUCGGGCAAUGGAGUCCGAGAGGAACUUUUAAGUAGCUGCUGCGCGACCAAGACGGGCAGCCAGUUCCGCCCAAACAUCGUUAGUCACCGUCGACAUUACCCCGCCUAAUGUUCCAGCUCGCGCACAACGUUCUCGCAACGUUGCCAGGACACCGCAGCGGGGGGGGGGGGGCAGGAUUGUUUACAGUGUGGCGGAAAACGCCGCGACGGCAACGCCCGUUCGGAGUGCGCGGGGACAGCGCACACCUCCAGUGCCAAAAAUGCUUCUCAAAGCCAUCUUUCGACACGGUGGGGUCUCCACAGACACCUUGCACAGGUCUGCAGAAGCCCAUUGUCUUAAAUCCCACAUACCUCACUGUCAAGCAGACAGCUUAUUGUAUUCAAAGCCAAAGGUCUUGCAGAAUUUUUAUAUUGUUAUACAAAUGUC